CUGAAUGGAGCAGGUCUUCAGGAAUCAAUGGGCCUUGAGCUGCCCACAACAAGAAUCUCUCUCGCAUCCUGUAGAGCGGCUCAAUGCAUCUCACAAGGCCGGCGGAAAUCCUCCGCUUGAAAGCAGUCAUUUGUUUGGAGUGAGGAGAUGGUUGUCCACUACUUGCUGCUGGCAUUGUUUGCCACUGCAUGGGCGGACGCAAGUCCCUGCGCUGAUGGUGCUUGCGUGGAUGACAUGGCGGCAAUGCAGCUGCACUUGGCCGCUGGUGAUGCAAAAGCAUGUCAGGACUUCUUCGACAAUGUCGACCAGUGCAAAGGCCAUGCCGACGACAAGUACUGUGGCUGCGACCUAGUCUCCAAGCAGGAUACAGCGAGUGAUGAUAGCAGGUGUUGUUUGCUUGGAGCUCUCAACAUGUGUUUGGCCGCUGCUGGUAAGCCCGGUGCAGCUUCGCCCACCUUUGGUUGGAUGACGGUCAACUUUGACAUCAAGACCGACAAACCCACUGAAGGUUGGUGGAUCUUGGGGCAGGGUCGACUGGAUGGGAAACACUGGAAGUUUGCCUCGGACGAGCUGGGUACUUGCAAGCUCUUCAGCAGCGGCUCUUAUGUCCAGUACGUGCCGGAAGAUUGGUCCGGGAACUUCUAUGCGGCGCCGCCCGAGUUCACGGAGAACUACAAAGCGUGGGCUGGUGCGGAUCAGCAGACGGUGAAGGUGGAGCUCACCGUGGAGGCGGAUGCUAAGAGCUUCAAUUGGGAUCUCUCCGCCAUUCCCAACAACGGUGCAGGGGAGUGCCUUGAGUCAUCCUAUGAGGGAAAGAAGUUUUGUGGUGUGACCUUCAAUUCCACUGCCGAUGCCAAUUGCCCAAGCGUUGGGAAACCAUCGAAUCCCAAAGAUUGGAAGUGCCAAGACGAGAACAACGUGUGUUCGGGCACGUGCCCUGGGGUCGGUGUACCUUAUCGCUAUGGCUGGUGGGGUACUGAAGCAUGCUACGACUACGACCAGUGCAAGAAAUCCAACGGUGGCUGGUGUUCCUACUUCAACCAACGUGGAUACUUGGUCACAGCAGCCAAAAACAUCACGUGCAAGUUCAACGAGCAGGAUUGCGACUGCGACUGGGGAAAAGUCCGGAAACCACCAAAGGAGGACCAGUUCCAGUGCUCUUACGGAACCACGGAUCUGGACAUCGGUGGUGCUCAGCAGGACUGCUUUACGGCACCCCACGACGAUCGCAAGGAUAUGGGAUGUUCGAUGGAGAAUUCGGAGAAGCUGGCCUUGAGUGUGGACAUUUGUUUGUGGGGCGACAAAAAGUGUGAUGGUAGUUUGAAGGACCCAGUGAGCCUCACGAAUUGCGAAGGCAAGGUGUACGGCACAUGCCCCCCACCCACGGACCCACAGGUCUGCCCCACCAAUGGCAAGUGUUGCACUACAGGUGAGAAGUGCCCAGACUUUGAUCCGAUGGAUACCUCCACGAUCCCCACUUGUUCGGACUUGCUGGACGAGGUGAAGGAUGACAAGAAGCUGGCCAGUAUCCUGAAUUCCUGCCGGGGACAGGAUUACCGGAUCGGCCAGACCACCUAUGCCUGCAUGACCUUGCGCCAGAACCACCCCUUUCCCAACAACUGCGAGCCAGACAACUUCAAGGCCGACGAGACGGCGAUCUGCGGCGAUGAGAAGCCGCUGUCCUUUGACUCGGAGUAUCAUUGGACACGCUACACGUGCGAGAAGACUGCGGGGAAGGCAUGGUGCAAAAUGGACUACGAACCCUUGGAGAAAUGCGAAAAGCUGUGUCCCAAGGACAACCCUCCGUGUGACAAUUGCUAUGAUGAAAACCACGCGACGGGCUGUUAUGACCAAAGUGCACCGACGCCGGUUUGCGCAGCCCCGAUGCCUUCGAAGGCCUGCUUCCUCUCAGGCAAGACAGCUUGUGACAACAAGUGAGAGCCGAACCAAGAUCUUUUCGGAGGUGUUCAGUUGGACGUAACCGAACAUCGACCCAACGUUGUUUUCUUUUGGGACCUGCGCGCAACUCCCGAGGGCAUCAGGAAUGGAACCUCAAUUUUGGCGCAUGGUCGAGGUGAAAGGCAAAGACCUGCCUCAUUUGCUUUAAGCGCUCGGUCAGGGGGGCCAUGCUAAGGACUUACCUUCCCCCUUUGUGUACCGUGCAGACUCUAGAUGCGAGCAGUACAAGAUGCAAC